ACAGUGGCCGGCAGAGAGGCAUGACACGCAUGUGACUGGAAGGAGUGGUGCCGUGCCGCUGUGAAUUGUCCUGACGAAGGGGUGGGAGCCCAGCUGAUGAUUAACUUGGCCUCAGUAGUGUGCAGAUCAGACUUGUGAGUGCCCAGCCUCUAAUUACAAGUAGCCUUUUGGGAGAGAAGAUCAAACAGGGGUUUUUUUGUUUUAUUUUUUAUUUUAUUUAAUGUGGGGACCAGAAGGAACACGCACACUUUGUCUUGCAACUUUGUUCUUGGAACAGAUUACGGGAUCAAAAGGGAGGAAUAAUUGCAAAGGUGUGACAUCAGCCCAGUGAUUAACACCUUCACAUUUUUUCUUACAGGGAAAAAAUGAGGAGUAAUCCUAGUUCUGUGAUGACAAGCACAAUCAAAAGACCUGUGUGGGGGAGGGUGCAGCUCAGGGGUAGAGCGCGUGCUUAGCGUGCAUGAGGUCCUGGGUUCAGUCCCCGGCACCUCCAUUAAAAUAAACAAGUAAAUAAGCCUACUUACUUCCCCCAAAACAAAAACAAAAUAAUAAAUAGGUAAAAUAUUUUUAAAAACACCUUCAUCUCCAGCGGAGCUGCACACUUCAGUAACUCCCCGCUCACAUAGUAGGGCCUCUUCCCACCCCCACCCUGGUGUUAAUCUGCCAAGGGGCACCUUUCAGGUGUGAAGGCAGGAAGAACUUUUAUCUGAGCCUUCAUAGCUUUGUCCCACAGAAUUCCCAAGUGAGAAUGAGCUGGAGCAUUUGGGGGGAUUUAAACUGCAGUUAGAAUCGCGGUUUCUACCAUGUUAACGCUGACCACAACGUUGUGCACCUUCUCAAUUGCUGCGUCUCCGAUCACACGAGGAAGCGCGUAGUAGGUACUCAGUAUCUGUGGAGUAAGUAAACGAGCAGCUUUUCUUGCUGUCACAAAGGGGAAACGGUUUCAGCACUCACUCUCUCCGUGUUCUAGGUUUCUAAGGUUAAGAACCUCCCAUGACCUCCGACCAGAGCAGCCCUACCGCUCUGCUGUCCUGGGCUCACCUGUCUGUCUUCCCAGGAGGGGUCCCCUGGGAGCAGCGGCUGCCGUCCCUAUUUUUAGAAGGGCUAACUCCCCGCAGUGAUGUGGACUCAGGAGCCCGAGGGGCCUGGGAGCCCCGUCUCCCACCAGGAGGCGCUGCGGGGGCCGGGGAGACAGGGGCCCUGGGUGGGAGGUGAGGAAGCGGAUCCUGGGGAAUUUCCUGGUGGCUGGCUCUGCUGGUCACAACUUGCCCUGAGCCUGCGUGGCAGCAGCGUCUCCCGGCCGCCAGGUGCCGGCGUUAAGGGCUGGAGGUCUGACUGCAGGUGUAACACCCCCACCCCCGCCUGGUAGUUUCCUGGGACGGACCACACUGGCUCCUCAAAUUACCAGGGGAUCGAACUCGCUCAAGGUCGUGGGGGGAGGCAUCCUUCUGUGAUGCUAGUGCUCCUUAUCCUGAGGCCAACCUGUGACCUUGGCCCUUUGGCGGAUCUCUUUUCAAGCGAGGCCGAAACGCUUACCCAACCACAGGGCCCUUGUGAGGCCUCAGAAUUCCUGCGGAAGACGCUUCCUUUGCUUGUUCUCAGCUUUCAAGGAAAGAACACAGGUGUUUUAGAGGCCACGUCCGUGUCCUGAACUUUGGGACAGUUUUCAUUUUUGUCCUCCGAAUCUGCUGGAAAGCUGAACGGUAGACAGGAGCAAAAGGCGAAGCCGGUGGAACUCGGGUCUCUCGUGGCGAGCAGAGGAAACGUUUCCAAAACGCGGGGGAUCAGCCAGGUAUUUGUUCUGAAUGGCAUAUCCCUGAGCAGAAGUUUGAACUAAUAAAUAUGAAUCCUUCUGCAAAACCAAACAACCAACUUUUUAAGACCACAAACUUCUGUGGUUGUGAAAAAUUGGUCCUUGGGAGCUGGUCAGAGUGCAAGGGCCCAGGCACGCCCUGGAGUCUCAGGUAGUGGCAGGGAGCCCCAGAGUCUGUGUGGACGCCAGGGUGCGUGCUCCCAGUUCCUGGGACCCGUGUGCUCCCCCUUACAUGGGACCCCCCUCGCCCAGGUUCGGGGGCUUCUGGCAGGAUGUGGUAUCCUGACCAUGAGCCUGAGGGCCUGCGGUGAGUGGGGAGGGCGGCUGGCCCCCAGCUUGCGGGCUGCUCUGUGGGGAGUCCGUGUGAUGGCCACAGUCAAGUUGACGGGGCAUCGACGUCUCUGUCACACGUUUUCUCUGCAGAGACACGUGGAUGGAGCUGCCCCGUGGCUGGCUCUGCAGUGGGUCAUGCCCGGUCCUGGCCACAUAGGGAACUUAGACCGAGCACAAAGUUAGAGGCCCAGGAGGAGUUCUUGAGAAGCAGACACAGAAGGCUCAGUUGAGGGACGGGGAAGGUGACAGAGGACGGCAUAAACCCUGAUGGUGAAGCCCCGCAGCCGUGCAGUGGGGUCCUGAGGGCGCAGUAAAUCAUCUGAGAGUCCCAGAGAGCCCGGCGCCCGUGCGCUCUCAACAUUCAUCAGAACCCGCCAACUGCAGGCCUGGCUGGGCAAACAUUAAUCACAAAGCAAUUAUUCUAGCACAAACACACAGGGCUCCGGUUUUGGGGGGGAAGGGGUGUGGAGAGGGAGGAAAGAAGCCAACUGUGGGAUCCAGAGAUGACCUCCUUCAGAAGGAAGAGGAUGUCGUGAUUUGGAGGAGGUCAAAUUGAUGUUUUUGAGCGAAGUGUGGUCUAACAGAGGAACUUAAUUUUCUGCUGGUACCAUGGUCUUGUUUUACGACAGGAGAAAAAUCACUUGCAGUAAAAAUCCCCUUUGUUUGAAUCUAAGUGUUUUCUGCCCGGAUGGUGAUUGGCUGGGAGCCCAUCUUUGCCGCCCCACCCCCAGCCCGGCUCUCAGGCCGUGCUGUCCACCUGGGGGCCGGUUCCCUUUGUGAAGAGGUGCAGGUGGGAAGCCGGGAUGUUUAGGCUGGUCUGGGUGGUUCUGAGUAUUUAAGUUUUGAUUAAACUCCGGACUGUUUUUGGCCGUGUUGUGUUUACAGGUAGGUGAGGCUGGGAGGCUGUGGCCUGGAGGUGGUUCUGAGACCCCUGGUGUCUGCCCCUCACCAGGUGCUGCCGGCCGGGCCCCCAGCCCCUCACCCCAGCCCUCACCUGGGCUGGUCAGGAUGCCAUGGCCCACCCAGUCCUCCCGAAAGAAAGAGAAAUUACCACCACCUGCUUCUCUCUUGGACCGACUUCUCAUACUAUUGAAAUGACUGAAAGCCGCUUAAGGCGCCAGGACGUCGGCCUGAAAACCCACCUGGACCAGCUGGACCAGCAGAUCAGCGAGCUGCAGCUGGACGUGCGCAGAAGCUCCAGCGAGGCCCCCGACAGCGACAGCAGGCCCAGCUCGGGCUUCUACGAGCUGAGCGACGGCGGCUCCUGCUCCCUGUCCACCUCCUGCACGUCCGUGUGCAGUGACCGCCUGUCCUCUUCCCUGGGCACGCUGCUGCCCGCCACCGCCAAGGCCGGGCCCAGCACCGGGGACUGCCGGCCCCGGUCAGCAGACGAGACCACCGUGGUGGGGUCCCCCCUGCCUACGUGGGGACCCCAGGCCAGCGAGGAGGGCGAGUCCCGGCCCAGGCCGGUGUCUACAGGUGAUCUUGAGAGAGCCCUGCCGGCUGAGGUGAGGCUCCAGAAAGCCAGUGCGCACCCCAAGGCCACUUCCCUCCUCUGCCACGGCGUAGACCCCAAGUUCCAGCGUGACCUGGUGUCCAAGGGGGGCAGGGAGGUGUACCCAUACCCCAGCCCCCUGCACGCUGUGGCUUUGCAGAGCCCCCUCUUUGCUCUGACCAAGGAGACAUUGCAGAGCCACAGCCCCUUGCCCCCAGGCCAGCCCCCUCCCGGCCCUGCGGGUCCGAGCUCCGUUCGGGCUGCUCUGGGCCCGGAUGCUGGCCCGGCCGGAGCCUAUAUAGACAAGCUGCUGCGACUGCGGGGCCGGGGACCAGCCCCGAGGGGCAGCGUGACUGAGCGGGGCCUCCCAAGACGGGCGGCGUCCCCCUCCCUGCCGGAGCUCGGUGGCCAGAGGGCAGAUAGUGAGGGUGGCCUGGAGAAGCUGGCCUGGGCCCCAGGAGGGGCAGAAGGGGGAGGGCUGGUGCAGAGGGGGGACGCCGGUGGGGACAGCCUCCCGCAGCCGGGCCCUGCGCCCCUUGUGGACACCCUGCACUCCAGCAGCCUUCCAGAUAAGGGACCCCAACCCUCACGGGAGGAGGCUGGUGCAGGCUCCCCCUCAAUGGGGUGCGGCCAAGCCCCCUCUCCCCGCUCCCGGGCCCAGCAGCUGGCACCCGACGGCUGGACGGGUAGAGGCAGGUCCCCGUGUGGGAGGGCAGGGGGGAACAGUGUCCCUCUGGCCCCCGGACACUGUGCCCACCCCCACUUUGUUGCCAGCAGACCUUCCCCGACAGGGCAGAAAACGCCACCCCCCAAGACAAAGCCUGUGAAGGUCAGGAGGGGCACCAGUGACAGGGCGGGAAGGUUUGGGGGGCAGCCCCUCCAGUGGGGUGCCUUCCCAGCCCCCCGGCCUCCUCCUGCAUCAGGGGGUGGUCUCAGGAGGCCCACCCUGGCCAGGGGGGCGCCCGGCCGGUCCUGGUCAGAGUCCAGCCUCUACCCCGUGUCCUUCUUCGUCCCCUGCUGGUGGCCGACGCUCUGCCGCAUCAAGGCCUCCAAGGCCCUGAAGAAGAGGAUCCGCAGGUUCCAGCCGGCCGCCCUGAAGGUCAUGACCUUGGUGUGA